CGCGCCAAAAACCCCUACAGCAAAGCUGUGCCGGGGUCUGGGGUCGCUGAGAAUCAGUGUGGGCGGGAUCAACGGUUUCCUCUGCACUCAAUGCAACGCAAUAGGAUGGCGAACAACCAACCAGAGUGAUGAGGAAUGAUUACGUAUUGCAGCGCGACAGGAAGUACUUGGUAGAGUGUAGGCAGUAGGAAAUAGAACGAAAGCCAGGCCAGCGAGCGUAUUCUCUACGGGCUAAUGUCAGAGUGAGAGGAAAGAUUUACCAACUAGCACUCCAAUCUGCUAUUGUAGAGACUGCACGCGAACUACGUGAACAUGGAAGUGAAUGAUUGUUGCCGUUUUUGCAACAAAAAUAUGCGAAUAUCUGGCGUGAUUUCUAAUUCAGCACUUAUCUUUGACAGCCAGAAAGAAAAACAAACCAUUGCUGACAGAUUAAUGCAGGUUGGCGUGUCGGUGUUGAAAACACAGACAAAAUCGAACAGAAUUUGUAGGCCUUGUGUGCGGUUACUAACGAGAAUGGAACAGGACCUGCCGGUGUUCCGAAGAUGGGUGCAGGAGGAGGGAGAAUCCACCACGACUUCAGAUACCUCUGGUUCUACACAGAAACGUGACCGCGAGCCGACUCCAUCCAAAACACCAAGGGCAUUGAAAAAGUUCUGUGAUAAACCAGCAAGUCCGGGAAAAGGGGCUGCCGUUCGUGUCAACAUCGCCCAGGUCAUUUCUGAUCAAGAGGUGCACAAAUCUGAGAAUGCUUUGUUGGUGAAACAUAUCAUGAACAAAAAAUGGAAAGCAGCGGCCAAACUAAUCAUGAAGCAUGAGGAGCUUUCACAGGAAGUGAAGGCCAGCAUCCUUACAGUCAUUGAAAGUGAAUCCAGAGCACUCUGCGACCCCAGCAAGAAAUGCAUGUUGUGGAGGUCUUCACCAGAAGAUUUGAGUUCUUUCUCAUUUAGCAGCCUGGAGUCAGACCUGCAGCGCCUCUCACCACUCCUCUUGUCCAUCUUCACAACCAUCACAAAACACUCACGUUUUGUCACCUGUGCUGCUGCUGCAAUUGCAUUAAGAGGUAGAGAAAAUCGCCUGUCUGGGUUCGCUUACUACAUCAACUGCAUUCUGCAAUAUGGGGGUGCAAAGAAAGCAGUGUUUGAAAGGCUCAGCAAAUUUGCCAUUUCAACAACAUACAAGAAUGCUAUUGGAAAGCAGAAGGAAUUGGCAAACAAUUGUGGAUCUGGUCUUUGGUCAUUGAAGAGGCAAAACGAAGAAUUCCUGGCAAUGGAAGCUGGGUGUCAGCCUGUCAGUGAAGAGCAGGACGAAACCUCCAUAGAUGCCUGGACGGAGUCUGAGAUGAUACCCGGUGAUGUGUUCCGAAGUAUGGAAGACCUUCGAUUAUCAGGAGAAUUGGCUGAAAGCUGUGCCACAGACCAGGCCACAUCAGGGGAAGGGAUCACAUCUGAGCUGGCUGAAAACGUCACGGAGCAGGCAACAUCAGAUAAAGAGUUGAGGACCUCAUCAGAGAUGACUGAAGGAAGUGCCGUGGACCAGGGUUCUGGACAUGAUGUGAGGAUCAUAUCUCAGUCGUUGGUGGAGAAGUGCUCGACUACACCACACACUUAUUCCAUCAUCUUUGAUAAUUUAGAUUUUUUCAUGCACACACACCACCAGUCCAGCCUACACAGUAACAAGUCAAUUCAUUGGAUACACCACAUCGCUGUCCAGGACCGUGUCCCCAUUUAUCACCUGGCUAAUGACAAACCAAUUGGAAAUCUUCUGGACUAUGACCUGAAUUUGUCACUCCCUAGCCAGAAUGAACAAAUGCAGAUGCGAAGAGAGUUCAUUGUUUUCACCAGCCGAAUCCUGUCUAGCUAUCUGUCUGUAUUCAAGCCAUUCUCCAAUGUGGUUGUGCGACACAUACCGCAUCAGUAUUCAGCAGAAAUGGCGCAGCAUUCCACUGAUUACCCAUUAGGACUGCUUUUCAAAGAUGAAAACAAAUCUGCCGAUUUGGCAGAAGUACUUCAUCACUUCCAGAAAACGUAUGUACCAAAACAGCCUGAUGGGAUUUCAACCAUUUUGGUUGGAGGCGACAGGCUUUCCGAAGCAAAUAGCAGAAACCUGCAGUGGGCCUAUGCCAAUGGUCUGAAUACGGAGGAGCGAUUGGAUGGCAUGGAAUUCAUGUUUGAGGACUGGCAUGCGAUUAGGAUGCUAUUUCAAAUCCACUACAAAGUGUUCUUCAGUGAGAAAUCUGCAAAGGACCAUGGGACUCUGUGCGCCAACAUGACAAAGUUGAGGUGCAGCAAUGCGAAACAGGGUCCCAAGUCUGCCUACAACGCAUACAAACAUUUUGUCAUCACAGACACUACUGCGCUGCUUCUGACGGCUGCCAUGGAGCACUUUGGCCUGAAGAAUAUCGAAGGUGAAUGCGUGUCUGACGCCUCGGAUGUCGCACAGCGUGACCUGGAACAGGUUUUGGAGCACUAG